AUUGCGUUCUGUUACAACGAUUGAAAUCUCCAUCAAUUGAACAUCAUAUCUAUCCAAACAACUCAUCAUAAACACUUCAAUAUGUCUGCCGUUGUAGAAAGCAAGUUUGACCCCAAGGAUAUGGAAUUCCGCCGCCUGGGACCUGCUGGUCUCAAGGUCUCGGUCUUCUCCCUUGGUGGCUGGUUGACAUAUGGAGGAACUCAGAAGGGUUCAAUUGUCAAGGACUGCAUGCAGGAAGCCUGGAACCACGGCAUCAACUUCUUCGACACUGCCGAGAUCUAUGCUGCGGGAGAGUGCGAGAUUGAGAUGGGCAAGGCCUUCAAGGAGUUGCAAUGGCCUCGUGAUGAGUAUGUCUUGACGACGAAGGUAUUCUUCGGCACAAAGAGAAAGGAACCAAACACUAGGGGAUUGUCCAAGAAGCACAUUGUUGAGGGGUUGAAGAGCUCCUUGGCGCGCCUUGACCACUCAUAUGUCGACGUCGUUUUUGCCCACCGCUUCGACCCCGAGGUUGGCAUGAAGGAAAUCGUCGAGGCCUUCACACAGACUAUCAACAUGAACUUGGCCUACUACUGGGGUACCUCCGAAUGGUCCGCAGAGCAAAUCCAAGAAGCAAUCGACGUUGCAGAGAAGUACAAUCUCAUUGCACCCAUUGUAGAGCAGCCUCAGUACAAUGCCUUCCAUCGUGAGAGGUUUGAGAAGGAGUAUGCCCCACUUUACAAAAAAUACCAAUAUGGCACUACCACGUGGUCUCCUUUGGCGUCAGGUGUAUUAACAGGCAAGUACAAUGAUGGUAUCCCUGAGGAUAGUCGAUAUGCGACCAAUCCUGAGUUUUUUAAGAACUCAGUUGAGGCACUGAAGAGCGAGGAGGGACAGGCCAAGAUCAAGAAGGUCAAGGAGCUUACCAAGAUUGCUGAGAAGCUUGGGGCUACUACAACACAGCUGGCGCUGGCCUGGACUGCUAAGAACCCUAAUGUCAGCACCGUCAUCCUGGGUGCGACCAAGGUCGAGCAGGUCAAGGACAACUGUGGCGCCAUCAAGCUGCUUCCGAAGCUGACACCAGAAGUCAUGGAAGAAAUUGAGAAGAUCCUUGACAACAAGCCGUAAGGCUGGUACUAGGAGUUGAGGGUGAAAGGGGCUUUAACUAGCAAUUUAUUGGAUGCUUACCGGUAUGUAACUAGUGUAGCCGAGAAAGUAUGUCGGAGUACGCGCCCGACCUAAGUUAAGUGUGGGGGCGAAAUCAACCAGAGUUCUCAGCGACGAGAGGUCAACUGCCAAAACCUGGAAGCUUGAGGUUCUUUGAAGAAGUGAGGGCUAUGCGGCGACGAUAGUAUUUAACUAGUUCGUGAACAUGGUAGAGUCGAUGGGCUCAGGGCGCGACAACGUAGAAAUGUGAGGUAUGUUAGCCCUUCC